AUGUCUGCUCGCGAAGCUCAGCGUCUGAUGGAUAUCAUGGAGAAAGCUAUCGAAACCGCCCAGAACUCUAUGGAAGAAGAAGAUCGCCUUACUCACUACUUGGCUAUCGCCUCUGAGAAGACGACGACCGACAAGUCUCUCCGCCGUCAGCUCGAGUUCCUCCGUGUUGAACGCGAACUCAUCAAGUCUGUGGAAAAGGCGGCUGCCGACAUGGAAGCUGCGGCCGUCGCUCAAGACGUUCUCGAGCGCUACCUCGACGAGGCUGGCGAUGACCUUGUUAGUUUUUCACUCGAAAACUUCUGAAAAAGCGGGAAUCAUUAAGAAUACUUUACAGGUCGAAGAUCUCGAGGCUGAGGAAGCCGAUGAGGAGCCCAACAAUUCUGACGAUGACGUCGGCGCCCACUAAUCUUAUGGUAUAUUUGUACUAAAUUACACUCUUGGAACAGUCUGAUUUUCAGAUUAGUUCCUGAGUUCAUUUUUCCCCGCUCAAUUAUUAACGUGGUAUCAACUGUCUUUACUCUUGUCAAAUGAUUUUUUUUUCGUUCCAAUCUUUUUGCUUCUAUUCAAAAAAACAACAAACUAAAGAAAACAUAUAUUUUUUUCUUUAAGUCACUUUUUAUUAAGAAAGUUUUGACUAUAUUUUCUCUGACUUUUUUUCAAAAUACUAAGUCUUACGAGCGGGGAAAACUGGCACAAUUUGCCGAGCUCUUCUAAUUUCAAGAGAGCGAACUCGGGAUUCGCCUGACCAGCGCCAAAUAAAGGUAAGCGGGAAGUUGGACGACAAAACAAAAAUUUUGUUUUCAGGGUUUUCCGAGCACUUGCAACAUUGUAACUUCUCGAAAUACCUCGUGUCUCGGACUGGAAAAGAAUAUCCCAUCAGCCGUCUUCACAGGCCGAAAGUCUUUAAUAGGUCAGUUGGAAUUGGGAAAUGUGCUAAAACAAUUUUUACAGAAGUAAGAACAUCUUUGAUGAAAGACGAGAGCAAAAUUAAUUUUUCAAUCUGA